ACAAAUAGGGAUAUCCUCUAAUCUCUGCCUUUGUAGUAAGAGAAAUAAAAAUGUUGAUUUCAGGGAAAUCCAUUACAAUUUCCGCUCUUCUUCUCCUCCUCUUCGCGGCGUCUUCUCUGUGCUUCACCGUCAGCAUUGCGUCAGAAUCCGGCGACCCAAUACCUACUCCAUGGCCGGAGCAAUUUCAUUCGAUUCUCUUCAUGAAUAACAACAAGGGGAAUCUACAGAUCGUUGAUUUGUGGUACGAUUUUCCUAACGGCCGGAACUUCAACAUUAUCCAAAAUCAAUUGGGAAAACUCCUUUACGAUUUGGAAUGGAAUAACCACACUUCGUUCUACUACACUUUGGACGCUAACAAAGAGUGCAGGGUCGCGCAUUUUCCGGUGGGACUCCUUAGACCCACUUGGCUACAAGACGGAAAUUAUCUGGGACAGAGAUAUAUGGAUGGAUUUCUCUGCAAUGUCUGGGAAAAAGUUGAAUUCAUUACCUACUACGAAGAUGUUGUUACUAAGAGACCUGUUUACUGGGCUUUUUACACAGGUAUGAUUGCACAUGUAAUGACAUUUGAAGUAGGAAAAGUGCUAGAGGAUCCAAAAUGGCAAGCCCCUGUUUACUGUUUCAAAGAGGCAAAAGAAGAACAAGAGAUAUCAUCUCCUGUUAGGUUGGUUACUGAUAAUGAUGUUUCCAUUGGCAGACUCAUGGGAGCAGCUAUGGAUGUUUCUUUACCGUUCUAAUUCUUGUUGCAUUUCCAUGUUUGUUCUUUAUGAUGUUGUUCCUUUGGACCAUAAGACGAAUGGGUAACAACUUAUUUGUAUUCAUGUUUAUAUCAAGUCAAUAAAUGAAUGAUAUAUA